CACCACCAAUCCAAUCCAAUCAAAUCAUUUAGAGAUCACCAACAUCACCACCACCACCACCACCAUCUCCACCAUGUCACGGUUGCCGGAGGACCAACUCAAACAAUUCCAAGAAAUAUUCAACCGGUUCGACCUGGACAAAGACGGGUCCCUCACCCACCUUGAGGUGGCCGCCCUCCUCCGCUCGCUCGGCCUCAAACCCUCCGGCGACCAGAUCCACAAACUCUUCAACCACAUGGAUUCCGAUGGGAGCGGGACAGUCGAGUUUGAUGAGUUGGUGAAUGCUAUGUCAUCCCAAAUGAUGACCGAAGAUAUAUUAAUGAAUCAACAUCAACUUCUUGAGAUUUUUAAGUCGUUUGAUCGGGAUGGGAGCGGGUUUAUUACGCCUGCUGAGCUUGCGAAAUCCAUGACGAAAAUGGGCCAGCCGUUGACGUAUCGCGAGCUGACUGAAAUGGUUCGAGACGCGGAUACGGAUGGGGAUGGUGUGAUUAGCUUUACGGAGUUUCAACGAAUCAUGGCUAGAUCGGCUGCUGAUUCACUUGGGUUCUCGUUGUAAUGAAUUUGGGCUUGAAGGGUACAUGCAUACGUUAAUGUAAAAUGGUUAUUUUGUUU